AUGACCACCCCAACUGGCCCCGUCUACCGGUACAAAUUCACGAUCCUUCCCGAGUACUUUAUAGACUACUACGAGGCCGCCAACGCCAGCCCGAACGGGAAACUAACCACGCAGCCAGGCCUCGGACUCCUCGACAUGCACUUUGGAGACGCAGCGGCUGAUGACGACGUAGUAAUCGAGGGUGGCGCCAGGCCCUGGGAACGAUUCGCCUCUCACGUGAGGAAGCUCAACGCGGAGAGCCCCGACGGCGUGGACUACAAGGUCCUGUACCUGACGAGGCACGGCCUCGGGUACCAUAAUGUCCAAGCAGCCAAGGUCGGCACGGCUGAGUGGGAUCGAUACUGGUCUCACCUAGACGGCGACGGCGUCGUAAUCUGGCUCGACGCGGCGCUCGUCGACACAGGCAUCCAGCAGGCAAAAGACCUAACCACCUGCUGGGCGCGCGCAACCUCCACCGCCGCCGAGGGCGAGGGCGUCCCCUUCCCGGAGUCCUUCUACACGAGCCCUCUCCGCCGGUGCCUCGAGACGAGCAACCUCGCCUUUGGGCCCCUCGUCGAAUCCAAGGGCGCGGGCCGGGAAUUCCGACCCGUCGUCAAGGAAGGGCUCAGGGAGCGCAUGACGGACCACACGUGCGACAAGAGGAGCCCGCGGAGCUGGAUCGAGGGCGCGUAUCCGCGGUACCGGAUAGAGCCUGGCUUCGCGGAGGAGGACCGGCUUUGGAAGGCGGAUCGGUUUGAGACGGCGGAGGCGCACGUUGCGAGGAAGCAGCUUGUGCUGGAGGAGAUUUUCUCGGCGGAUCCGGCGGUGUUUGUGUCGUUGACGGUGCACUCGUAUGCUAUUUCGGCGAUAUUGAGGGCGGGUGGGCAGGAGACGUUUAGGGUCCGGGAGGGAUCUUCCAUUGCUUUGUUGGUUCGUGGGGAUAAAGUAGGUAGGUAG